ACACUCCAGCUGCAUUCUCGUUCCAUCGUUCCAUCUCCUCAUAAAAUCGAAGUCGGCGGUUCCCACACAAGUAUACUGAAAAAGAAACAACUCGAGUGAAGUCUUAUUCGUGGCUUAGAACGAUGAAGUCCUAUUCAACCAUUUUGGAAGCUCUUUCGCACCAUGCCAAGGAGACACCAGAAAAGAAAUUGUUUACGUGGGUGGAUAUCAAGUGCAAGGAGCAGAAAACGCUGACCUUCCACCAGUUGGAAGUUCAAUCUAAUGCUGUGGCUCAUCACCUCAUCAAGCUGGGAUGCCAAAAAGGAGACAGGGUCAUGGUGGCUUAUCCAUUUGGCCUUGAGUUUCUGGCUGGUAUGCUUGGUGCCAUGAAGAUUGGGGUCAUACCAUGCUCCACCUAUCCUCCCAACCCUAACCAACUCAAGACGGAGAUGCCCAAAUUCCGUGGGUUUGUUGAGGAUGCUGGAGCCAAGUUUGCCCUUACCACAACAGCCUUUGCUACUGGCAUGGCAGCAGCUGGUGUUCUCUACAAGUCAGGAGUCAAGUGGAUUGGGACGGACAAGCUAAUGGUCAAGAAGAACAAGGCCAACGUUUUUGAGAUGAACAAGAGAGAGCUAGAUGAUGCUUGCUUUGUCCAAUACACCUCUGGCAGUACAGGCCAACCCAAAGGAGUUAUGAUUAGUCACCAUAAUCUAGCCGAAAACUGCAGGGCUAUUCAAAAUUUCAACAACUUGAAGCCUUCUUCUGUUGGAGCCCUUUGGCUCCCCCAAUAUCAUGAUAUGGGUCUUGUGGGAGGAUUCAUGGCAGGUGUUUAUGUGGGCCAUCAUGUGAUCAUGACAUCUCCCUUGGAUUUUAUUGCCAAGCCUCUGCUGUGGUCAGACAUGGUUGAGACUUACCAGGCAACCCAUGUGUGUGCUCCUAACUUUGCCUACGCCUUGCUCCUCAAGAGGUUGGAACAAGCCAAUCGAAAAGCUAACUGGAGUUGCAUAGAGAUUGCCAUGUUUGGAGCUGAGCCCACCCAGAGUCAUGUAGUGAAGGCUGUGGCAGAAACCCUUUCUAUCAAGCAAGAAAAUGUUUGUAACCUCUAUGGUCUGGCUGAGGCCGUGUUGUUUCUCACUGGUGGAACUGCCAACCCAGAUUCUGAAGGGCUUGUUUGUUGUGGGGAAGUGGACUCCCCAACCCUGAAGCUACGAAUCAUUGAGGAUGGAAAAGAGGUUGAGGAAGGACAGGUUGGCUCUAUCUGGGCCCAGUCACCUCGAGUGGCAGCUGGAUACUUUGGAAAGCCUGAGCAGAGCAAAAUUACCUUUGCCAACACAGUUCCUGGCUACGAUGGUACCUGGCUUGACACUGGUGAUUUGGGGAAGGUUGUUGGGGGGCAACUCUAUGUGACUGGAAGGGUCAAAGAUGUAAUCAUCAUCAAUGGCAAGAACUACUAUCCAACAGAUGUUGAGCAUUCCAUCAAUGCUACUUUUGGUGACAUAAUCCGUCCAGGUAGGACCACGGUGUUUCAGCAUGGUGAUGCCAGUGUUGGCAUUACUGCAGAGACAAGAAAGGAUACGAGCAAGUCAUCAAAUGGAGAUUUUGCUGUUCUACUUGCCAACCAUGUAUCUCAGGUGCAUGGGUUGUCUGUCUCAGAGGUUGUGGUUCUCAAGGCUGGUGUCACUCCCAAGACUACCUCUGGCAAGCUGAAGAGGAGUGAGAUAAGGCAAACCACCAUAUCUGGUGAUUGGAAGAGCACUUCAAUUGUACUUCGUAGUGAUUUUCGUGGAAACGCUGUCAUGAUUGAGAGUACCAAGACCCGUAUCCCUGGACCGAGUAGUGUUGUUAACUGCAAGUCUAGCCAUGGGGAGAAGCAUGUGAAUCCAGAGAAACCCUGUUCUAACAUGGUUGGUAACCAGUCUGUUGGCAAGGAAGGGAGUAAGCAGGAUCUUUCAUGUGUACUUUUAUCAGUCUUGGGGACAAACCUUGAUGCACCAAAGACAUGGGCUGAGAAUGGUCUUACAUCUCUCAAGAGUGCUGAACUCAGAAUGAAAAUUGAGGAAGGGCUACAUGUAUCCCUACCUCCCAACUUUGAACAACUAUACCCAACUCCAGAGGCACUUGAAAUCUUUCUAGCUGCUUCCAAGGGCCAGAGAUUCCCCACGCAAGAAGUCUGCAACCAUCCUGAUUUCAUUUGGAACCCAUCAAGAUCAAUGUGCAGCAAACUACAGCUUGGCGUUGCGCAGAUUCUUGGGUCAAUUCUGAUCUUGUCGUUGCUCUUGCUUGCAUUUGUUCCGUCGUACUUUCUGGGAUCAUUUGUCAUGGGACAUUGUGACUCAGCUGGAACUGGAGCAUGCAAUGGCCCUAUGUUUUGGAUGGUUCUGCCUCUACUAUUCCCCCUAUUCAUUCUAUCAUUCUCCCUCCUAGUGGUGCUAUGCAAGCUUUCUGUGGUUGGGUCCUAUCAACCGCAGCAAAUGGAGCUACUGUCCUGGAGAUACAUCCGGUGGUGGUUUGUUGACAGACUGUUGGAAAUCUGGGAGUCUCUGGUGGGAAACUUUGUUUUGGAAACCAAGUUCAUCUGGGUCUUCUAUUGGCUGCUUGGAGUUGACAUGGCAUGGUCGUCAAAGAUUGAAGCCUACAUCAGGGAGUUUGAUCUCGUCAAAGUGGGAGAAAAUGCAGUCAUUGGACACUCUCUAAAGUGCAGAAAGUUCUCCCAGCGUCCUGAAGGGAGCCCACAGUUGACUUUCCGUCCCAUUGUUGUGGGGUCCAAUUGCCAUGUAUCUGGGAUGUUGAGUCCAGGUGCUACAAUUGGGGAUGGAAGCAAGGUGGAAAGAUUGACUGCUGUUGCGGAAGGUGCAAUGGUCCCCAAUGGAGUCCUUGCCAGAGGAGUCCCAGCAUACCAUGCUGGCCACCAUGAACAGCCAGAACCAACACGCAAGGAGGAUUUCAUUUUGGAUGCCUUCAAGAUUGUAUGGACAAUGCUGGAAGCAUACUACUUUUUUGCACUCUCUUACUUGGUCCAUACCUUCCUAGUCCAUGUCUUGCCUCCCUGGCAAUAUGUCACCAUUCUGUAUUGGCUGCUGCUGCUUCCAGGCUCAUCCUUCCUGGCAAUUGUGUCCAGCAUUGCUCUGAAAUGGGUCUUGAUAGGAAAAAGAGAUCCAUCUGAUCAGUAUGAAGGUUCGCUCUGGCACAAAACAACCAAUUGGGCAUGUGACUUCCACUUCCAAUGUGCCACUUGGGCCCUGACUCCAUUUUUUGGCCAGUCAAAACUCUGGAACAUCAUCCUCUUCCUUCACGGCCUUGAUGUUGAUAUGGCAUCCAACCUCAACAUCCCCUACUUGGUCUUUCCCCCUUCCAAGGUUGAUUUUGUUAAGAUCAGGAACUCCUUUGCUUCCACCAUCUCAUUAGAUCUCAAUUACAAAUCUGACUCCAAGAUUGAGAUCAUCAACAGCAGCAUUGGCUACCACGCCAACCUCCGUGCUGGAGUCAAGGUUCUGCAGUCUACGGUCCCCUCAAGGACGAAUGUGACUGACAGCAUAUACGAUUUGAACCAAACAAAGCCAAACCUGAACCCUACCAUCUUCAUGAACAUCUUACUUCCAGAACUGUCGCAACUGUUGCUCAACAUUAUCCUCUUUGUAACCAUCAUACCUACCUACGAGUUUUGCGAUGCCUUUUUCACGAGCUCAUCAGCUGGUGUUGCUGGAUGUUGCUUGGCUGCCGCCGUUGUUCUUCAAUUCUCUUUGUGGCUUCUUUUUACCAGGGCAGUUGAAUGGGUAAUGAUGAGGCUGCCAAGGAAUGUGCAACAUGGUUUCUUUGCAGUCUACAUCAACCAUGCCUGGAUCUUCCGUGGGGGAAACUGGCUGGACCUUCUCCUGCAUGGAACGCCUUUGUUUCCUUGCUAUGCCAGGAUGAUGGGAGCAGAGGUGGAUGGGGAACUUUGGUACUUUGGCUAUGCUAUCUAUGAGUUCAGUCGAAUGCACUUCCAAGGAAACACUGUUGUGGACAGUGCCAGCUUGAAUGGGCACUACGUAGAUGGAAAGGGCCUGACAAUCGAUGACACCUAUGUCUCUGGUGUUGUACACCCUGGAUGCUUUGCUGUGGCUGGAUCAGUUAUAUCCGGAGAAGAAAAUGGUCCCUGGAAGGUUUUCUUGAAGAGUCAAGAUAUUCCGAGGUAUCCCCAACCAACGAGAAGUGAGAUUACAUUCGAAGACCUGGAGAGCGUUCUGUACGACGCCUAGCUAUAGGAACCCUUGGCAUUUAUUUGUUACAUUUUGUGCUAC